AUGAGUGGUGCGCACGGCAGCAGUAGCAGCAAUGCACGCAACGACGACCACAAUCCAACGAAGGAGGAUGAAGAGGAUCAGGUGCUGGAAGACGAGGAAUUCGCCGCCCUUCGCGACGCUGAUGGCGACGAGCACAUGCCCGUCGCUCACCGCCUCGCACACAAGGCCGACGCUCUCGAUGCCGAGCUGCGGCGCAUCCGGUACUGCCUGUGCGACCGAGCCCAAUUGCUCGUGGACACUGCCCCGGCGACCUUCUCCGGUCGUCCGACUCGAAUGGACAAGGCGGUGGAGCUCUUGAAGGCGGCAGGCAACCAGCAGCAAGGCGAUGGCGCUGCGGCGAAGUCGCCCCGCAAGGGCACCUCUGCAGCGACGGGGGAGGCGGCACUGCGCGCCUCUCCGUACGCCGCGUGGCGUGGCACCUCGGACCCUGUGCUGCGUUUCUUGAGCCUUCGGGUGCUCUGGCCGCGCGCCGGGCAGGCAGGCCGCUGCGCGUUCAAUGGCGAGGCUUCGUCACACGGCACCGAUCUUGCCACCCUUAACGCCAACCUCGACUACCUCCGUCGGGGACGUGCACUGCAUCAGUUGAACUACUACAGUCGGCUGAACCUCACCCCGAAGCGCCACAUCUGGAUCUCGCUGUAUCAAAUCCUGUGGAACGGCGUCGUCUCGGCGCAGGAUGCCGUCGGGUGUGUCGUCUUUGGCACUCUUCGAGGUGUGAAGAACCACGGCAUGAUCCAAGGGGCGUGCCGCGGUGCCGCCAUUGGUCUCGUCAAGGCGGUCGAAUUCCUGUGCUACGGCUGGGUCGUGUCUCCACUGCUUCACCUUAGCCGAGGCCUCUGCAACACCCUCUACGGACCAAUGAACAGCAUCACCGGGAAGUACAUGUUUGACGCCCUCAGCGGCCGGUGGAUGCGGUGCACCGUGGCUGACUCGCGCCUCUUUCGCCAUGAGCUGCAGCUCGAGAAGCGCGUGCUGCGCACAAUCGGGCGCGCCGAGUUCCGCCGCAAGCGGAUGAAAGCACAGCACACGUGGGCCGACCGCAUGGCUUCCAUGGGCUUCAGCGUGGACAUGAUGAAGAACAAGUUCACGCCAAAGGAGACCGGUGGUCCGCAGGGGGCGUCGGCCGAUAAAGCGGGCCUCGACGGCAGCAAUCAAAUGCGCAAUCCGUACGAGGUGCUGCAGGUGCGCCGCACCGCCAACACGCAGGAGAUCAAGAAGCAGUACAAGAAGCUCGCCAUGGUGUUCCACCCCGACGUCGUGCAGAGCCACCGCAGUGGUGGCGGGCCCCUGUCACCGGAGGAGAAGGCUGAGGCACAGCACAAGUUUGAGGAGAUCUCAAGCGCCUAUCAAGUUCUGUCGAACCCGGAGAAGCGCAAGGCCUACGACCUCGGCGGCGCGCAAGCCGUCCACCUGCACGAGAGCAAGUUUGGCAAAUUCAUGUCUCGCACGCCGUCGGAGAUAGUGCAGAGCGUGUUUGGCGGAGAGGGCUUCCGCCGCGUGCUGGUUGGCGAGCUACUCCGGUCGCACUGGGCGCUGCGCAACGAGGCGCAGGUGAGCGUGUCCAUUCACGAGCUGGAGGAGCUGCAGUGCAUUCGGGUGCGGCAGGUGGCCGUGGAGCUGGCUGCCAUCGCCGACGUUCACGCGCAGCGGCCGACGACGCCGUACUACAGAGGAGCGUUCGGGUUGGCGGGUGCCGGUGGUGCGGAGGGCAGCCGUCGCCGCGCCACUUUCUCUCACCCCGCCUCUAGCAGCAGCCUGCCGGACUAUUUGAAGUCCGGUAAGGUGCGUAGCAGCUCCGCCGCUGCAGCAGGUUGUCGCCGGAGCACGAACGGCGCGGGUGCAUCCACCGACAUCCGCAUCGAUCGUGAGGUGCACGACUCGAUCAUGGAAGAGCUUGGCGGCGGUGGUGGUGCGCCGAAGAGCAGGGGCAAAGCAGCGCCCAACGGGGCGGCAGCGGCAGCAUCGUCAGCGGGCUCGGCAUCGUCGUCAUCUCCGUUCGUGCUCCACCCCGGCAGCAACGAGUACAACUGCUUUUCGCGCGACUUUGAGGAGCGCUGUGACAGGUUUGUGCGGUACAUGGCCGAAGCAUGCUUUGGCAAACCGCUCCUCUACGAGGUGGGGGAGGCCUACGUUGUCGGAGCGCAGCGCUUCCUCGGCAUCCGCCCCUUCUACGCACCGAAGAUGCUUGUCACGCGCAAGAUCUUCACAGGCAUGGAUCGCAUCUACGCGGCCUUCUCGGACAAGACGCGGCUCACUUCCGAAGGUAUGUCGCGUAAGUUGAUGGCGGAGUACUUCAACAUGGAGUACGACACAGUCGUCGCGGACAUCCACGGCGUACUGCGCUACGCGGUGCAGAUGGUGCUGCAGGACGUCGUCGAGUCGGACGAGGUGCGCCGCAAGCGGUGCUACGCUGUUUGGUACUUGGGAGAAAAGAUGAUGACCGUCGGGGAGCCCUGGACGACGCGCAUCGCGAACGACGAGGACCUGGUCGCGUACAUCCAGCAAGCGGCGACGUCGACGGCGACGACGAGCAAGCCGCCGGCGUUUUAG